CCACCGUGGGGACGGGCGGCGGCGAGAGAAGCAGCUCCCCAACCUCCUUCCGGACCCCCGCGAGCUCCAAGAAAUCCUCCGGGCUUGCAUCGAGCAGAGACUCCCCGCGUACGUCCGGGUCGAAUGAAAUCGAGAAUGAGGGGGCGGCUGAGUCGAGGAAGAGGACGUGGUACGAGAGGCUCGAGUCGGCCAUUGAAUACUGGAGUGAUCGGUAUUGGGCUCGGUUCAGGUACUGGUCAACAUAGU